AUGUUUGGCGGAAAGGCCUUCGGUCUCGUAGCUUUGGCUACUGGUGUUCUAUCCGCGCCAGCGAAGCGGCAAGCACCGAGUGGUGUGCCCGACUAUGUGCUGAAAUAUGCCCCUGUCGUCUACCUUCAUGGCCAGGAUCCUUACAUGCCUUCGGACCUCAACACUCACAUCUCACACACAACCCCACGGGUAAACUUCAACGCCGUAUCAGCGCCUAAUCCUUUGGACCUCAACAGUCUCAAUCAGCUGGGUGGCGACGUAUACUUGACAUCCAACGAUGAUAUCACCACCAUUCCUCAGUGGCUGAAGGGUGUGAGGCCUGAUGGCAACGGCAAGACGGAGGGCACUACCGCUGCAGUCAUCGUCAAUGACAAAGGUAACGGAGAUGUAGAUGCAUUCUACAUGUUCUUCUACACUUACAACUGGGGCGGUGAAGUGCUAGGGCUGAGGUCUUUGAACUUUGGAAACCACGUCGGAGACUGGGAGCACGUAAUGGUGCGCUUCAAAGACGGCCAACCUCAAGCCGUCUGGUACUCUCAGCAUGCCAACGGACAGGCCUUCAAGUACUCGGUUACCGAAAAGCACUCCGACAACCUGCGCCCAAUUGCCUACUCCGCGAAUGGCUCGCACGCCAAUUACGCCAUAGGUGGUACGCACGACCACACAAUCCCAAACUUCAAUCUGCCGGGAGGCGUGCUCGAGGACCACACGGCAAAAGAUAUCUUCUGGGACCCGCUCCAGUCCUCGCUUUACUACAAGUACGAUGCUGGCGCAAACUCAUUCACCGCGUACGAUGGCACCAGUCCCGUCAAUUGGCUGAGUUUUUCUGGUCGCUGGGGCGACCAGGAGUACCCCACGAGCGACAAGAGACAAGUUAAGAUCUUUGGCCAGGCCAAGUACAGCAGCGGACCUACAGGACCAGCAGACAAGCAGCUGAAUCGCAACAACGUGUGCCCAGACAAUGAAAACGACUGCAUUCUGCGCGGCAUCCUGGUACCAAGAAGCGCAGAAUUUGAUGCGCAAGUAUUUGCUGAAGAUGUUGUGCAGCGCUGA